AUGAGACUUAUCGCGAGCAUACUGACUUUGUCGCUGAGCACCUAUGCUCUGGCUUUCGAUUUCGCUCUAGCAGCUCCCAUCAAACGCAGCGAGCGCGUGACACCUACAAUAACCAAGACAGUUUACCAGACGGAAGUGCGGAGGCUGUUCACAAGCUUCAAGGACCACGAUGUUAGGAACGAAAGCGUGGUGUCCGACCCCUCUACAUCUAUCUCUAAUGCUGAGGUUUUCGAGGAUGUCCACGACGACACCGCGUCAUUCAUGGCAACAGUAUUCCUUGGGCCGAGAGGGCCAAGUGGACAGAAGCCUACGAUCUGGCAACUACCCGUUACUGGCGUACCUGUGAGUUUCACCGCGAGGCAAGUCGGAUUCGUACAUCUCGACAAUGAUACCAAAUACGACGAGACUCUCCAUUCCGAAUUAAACACUGUUGAUAGGAGAAACACAGGCCUCUACCAUAUCAAGAUCAAUCUCGCAUCUGAAGGCUACAUCUCUAUUUUCAUGUCCAACAGUACAGCUUCUGCAUUCUGCGAAAGCGAACUUGAGCAGGACUUGGAGGGUGGGCCAAAAGGAGAACUACAACUAGCUGUUCGGAAUUCCACGAAGGUCGUGGCUAUACCUGUUCACAAAGAAGCGGCUACUAGGUUCUGCUUCCAUUUCAAGAACGCAGAGGGCGUUGAUAGUCCAGCGAGCGGCAAAGUUCCUGGGAGCGCAACAGCGACAUCCUCGGAUUCGGAGAGGAAGACGCCGGAGAAGACACCCAGCGAAACGAUCUUCGAGAGUGUAUCAAAGACCUCUAAGCACGCAUCUACAGCGGACACCGCUUCAAGGACUGAAGCUGACGCCUCGGCAUCAGCGACAUCCGCGACUUCGACAAGCAAGACCACAACUUUGAAUACCUUCGAUAUUACCCAUGAGAUAAAAACCUCGAAGUCUACAAAACAUAUGUCUGCGGAGGCAACAGUUUCAGAGUCAGGAUCUACUACCAUUGAUGACGGUACAGACAAGACCGUGUCUAAGACCUCGGAAGCGGACGAUAGCAGCAGUGGAGGGAACACGACGAAGUCUACAAAGCACAAGUCCAUGUCUGUAACGGCUUUGGAAAGUGAUCUGGCCACCUCGGAAACGGCAACUGAUGUGUCUAGCAAGCACAAGACCAAAUCCACAGCGAGCGAAGCCGACGAAGAUGCAUCAAAGACAGUCGAAGCUUCGACUACACUGACGAUCUCGAAAGCUGCCAACGCUGACUCUUCUGAGCUAGAAGAAAGCGCCUCACAUUCUGCCGCAAAGUCAAAGAUUUCCGGAACUAAUGAGACUGAGGAUAACGCCGAAUCUGCAGCAUCGAUCCAGGAGUAUCGAGGUCCAGCUGCAGAUCCUACUGACCCAGAUGCUUUCCCGACCCCUAAAGCCACACCAGCCGCUAUGCCUAUUAGUACAACUACGGACGGGCCUUUUACUGAAGCAAGCAUGAACUCGUUUUACUCUUAUAUCAGGAGCUUUGUGGAGACUGCUCCAGACCCAUCGUCAAACAUUGGCAGUACCGAUCAGACUUCGAUAAUAACUACCGACUCCUCGAACGGGGCUGUGCGACGUGGAAUACUAAUAGCGCCAACAGCAGCUUUGAUGGCGAUUAGAGCCGAAACUGAUCGUCACUCGCUAGGUAACAGCAUGAUAUAUACCUCUGACUAUAGCUGGAAGGGUACUGUCUCUACUGGUAUAGCUCCCGCCACGGCGUCGAGUAACGCGGCAAUCGGGAGACUCAAACCACCUUCUCUACUUUGGCACAGAUGGUAUCCUACAACCACUACGAAGAGUGUCUUCUCUAGGAAGCGGAAUAGUGGGCUCGACGAAGAACCCGAGCAGGAAGAUGAGGGGUUCUUCAAGAUUGAUGUGGAAGAUCAAGAGCCUACAGGGGUCAGUGUUGAUGUAAGCAGAGUGGAGGAGGAGACAGCUGUCGCUACAAAGCUUGCGCACAAGCAGGAGGAUAAAGAUGGGGAUGAUCAAGGUACUAAUGCGAAGGAUGGGGACAAGGAUGAGGAAGAAGGAGAGGAUGCGCCGGCUGAUGAAGAGACAACGCCCGACAAAGAAGCUCAGACUGAUGAAGGCGCGGCUGGAGAUGACGAGACGACUACGUUUACGUCUACGAAGAGCAAGUUAUCGCACACCAAGACUGCCGUGGAUGAAGAAGAUACUAGGGCGCCAACCGCCGACACAUCUACAAACGUUGAGGAGAAGGCGACAUCCACUGAAAAGAAACCGGCAGAAGAUGACGAGGAAGCUACACCGACUGUCACUUCGUCCAAAGAUGUCAAGGAAAAGGCGACAUCAACCAAGAAGCAACCUGCAGGCGCAGACGAUGAAGCCACACCCACCUCCAAAGCAGCCAAUAACACUCCACCCGAAAAUGAAGAUGCACUACCAAGCAACGACGAUGAAGAGCCCGAAACCGACACAUCCACGUCCGAUAACACCCCCACAACCACUUCCCACAAAGCCAAAUCCACCAAAUCUGCAACCUCUGACUCCGAUGACGACGCCGACGAGAAACCUGCCACGACCACCAAAUCUACGCACAAGUCCAAAGUCACAAUCCCCUCCCUCGCCUCCGGCGCAUCCUUCGCUUUCCCUACCAUAACCAACACUGCGAUAAACUCAAUGACUCCUCCCCUUCCCACGCCGCCUCCCGCACCAACAGGUACAGCACCCAUGCCCAUACCAACACAGCCCAUAAUCUGGGACCCAGACUGUCCGCGGAUUUCCACGUCGACGCUCACCGCCCCCAACGGCGUUACCACAGCACUUCCAAUGACCGUGGGACUGGGCUGUUGGCGUACGGUACCGGUAGCUGAGAGUGGUGGGAACGAGACGAGUGGGGCAAACAGAUCUAUGAUCAAGAGUAAAGCGUGGAAGAUCUUGAGUGAUCGGCAGAAUCUGCAGUUGGGGGUUGUGAGUUGGAUGGUUAUUGGGUUGAUUGGGUUUCAGUAA